AUGAAAUUACUACAUAACAAAGUUUGGCCUUCGUUGUUAGGUGACUUAUUUCAUAAGCACUGAGCGAUAUUAUUGCACGCCGUAGAAUGCCUAACACGAGUUUUUAGGUCGUUUAUCACUAAUAUUAAUUCAUUGCAGCAAAUGGAGGUGGAUUUACAAGACACUUUCUUGCGUGAAGAGGACCAACAAUCGCAACAUAGCUCGAAACAAACAUAUUCAGUGCCAAACAAAAGGAAAAAUGAAAAAGUGCAGGAAGAGAAAGUGGCAACUGAGCAGCAAGCUAAGGAGGAAAAGGAACAGGCUGAAAACAUAGCUUCAAUGCUGAUUCGUAACUACGACAAUAAGUUAUACGGAGAAGAUGAUACAUCACAACCGACAUCAAGAACAGCCCCCAUUAUACCUUUGGAAGCUACACGCAAGAAAAAGAAGAGGAGGAGAUCGCAAAUAUCAAUAUGUCUAACAAAUUGCCGAUAUGAGUCAAUAAGAAAGGUUGCUAGUGCUUUUGGGAUGCGAGAAGUAUCUGAGGAAGAUGCUUAGAAUUUUUACUGGACAGACAUGAGCGUUUCUGUGGAAAGAGCAAAAGAAAUGAAAAGGUUUCAACGCAUUAAUCAUUUUCCUGGAAUGUUAGAAAUCUGCAGGAAAGACUUACUAGCACGGAAUUUAAAUAGAAUGCAGAAAAUUUAUCCCAAAGAAUACAAUUUUUUUCAAAAAACUUGGUGUUUACCUGAUUUUGGUGAAGCACUAAACUACAGCAAGUCACGUAAAAAUAAAACAUUUAUUAUAAAACCAGAAUGUGGGAGCCAAGGGCGCGGCAUCUAUCUAACAAAGUCG